UUGUUUAUGAACCCGGCCAUUACCGUCUCAUGGCUAAAGUCCAAAUAGCACCAGACCGUACAGUCUAUACAGACAGUCAGUUGCAAAUUUAUGACCUUGCUGAGGUACUUGAUUUGCUCAAGAGACAUAGUUAUUCCGGAGUUAGUUUUUAUAAUCUUGGCCUUCGUCUUGGUCUGUCUCCUGUUACACUGAAUGUUAUUACAAUCAAUAAUAAAGAAAAUAUUGAUGGUUGCCUGCAGGAGUGUCUUAAAGCUUGGUUGAGAGUUGAUGAUAUAGUGAAGAAAGAUGGUCGUACAAUCUCUUCAUUGGUAAUAGCUUUGAGAAAUAUAGGAGAGAAUACAGUAGCUGAUGGAAUAGAUGCAGAGAAACAUCCUGCUUGUAAAAUUCUUGCUCAACAUAUCUCAAACCAGUCUCUUAUAGAUGCAUUACCUCAGUUGGUUAUAUUUUUGUGUGUAACAAAUCUUAUAAAAGAGAUGAUUCUCCCAGCCAAAGAACAAGGGAAAGCACUACUUAUUCAAAUACAAGAAGCUGUUUGUAUUGAUCAUCAAAAGCUUCAAGUAUUUGCUGAAAUUUUAUGUAAAAUCACAACCACUGUGAAAAUUGGAAAUACUAUUAUGAAACAAUACAGGGAAGCUUAUUUCAUUGGUGACAAUAAGAAUGAGCAUGACUUCAGCAUUUAAAUUGAUGCGAUUGAAAUUGGGGCAAACAUUCUUCAAUGUGGGAUCAAUCAUGAUGAGCAACCCUCACUCUCCAUCCCUUGAUAAUAUCAAGCAUGUAUUGAGUGCAUAUGAUGAAACAAUAAGGACACAAGUAGCUCAGUGUCAAAAUAUCCGUGAUGUUUUAGAAUUAAUUUUUGAGAGUUGUCCACUUGAUGACAUGAGCAUGCUGGUUUAUUUUGUUGAUACAUUUAAUAUAGAUGAGGCUAAGCCAGUUAUUGAGGAAUAUAAGAAUGCAAUUGAAGAGUUUCGGAAAAGACAACUCAGCCAGUUUUUGAAAGAACAGUUUUUGAAUGCUUCACCACUCGAGUGUGAAACGAUUACCAUUGUUGUUGUUGAAGAUGCUACUGAAUCCAUAAUUCUUGAUGUUGCAAAACUGUCAUCAGCUAUAUUUGAAGAUUUCGCAUUGCAACAUCUCAGAUUUAAUGUCAUUAGAGAUGGCAUCGAUACCACCAAUACUGUUGAUAAGACUUCACAAACUAGAGAUAAAAAUGAUGCCAUACUUACUGCUAAACUAUCAGAAUCAGUGAAUCAAUCUUUCCAGGAGGAAGGUGAGAGCAAUAAAAAACAAUGGGAUCAAGAAAAAGAAUAUUAUGAAACAGAGAAGCAAUUUUAUAAGCAGGUUAUAAAGAAAUGUGAAGAAGAAAUAGCGGCACUUACUCAACAACAUGAAGAAGUCACCAGUCUCUUAGAGCAGACUCAGAUCAAAGCAGAUGAAUUACAAUUAGAAUAUGUAUUUACUCAAGAUUACAUUAAUAAACUUGAGAAAGAGGUGCUAGAAUUUUCUAGUUUGAUGAAACAGAAAGCUGUAUUAGAGAAAGCAGAAUUACAAACAAAGAUUGAUUCUCUUCAACAAAAAUUAGAGCUAUACCUAGUCCAAGAUAACAAGGAUGUAUCAGUUCAGUGUGAUUACUCUGUCCCUCAGUCAGAAUUACAGAGUGAACCACAAAUAAAAACGCUUGAAAGUGAAAAUGAAACAUUUCAAAAACAAAGGAAUGCAUUGUUACAUGAGAAUGAAAAGUUAAAGUCUUUACUUAAAGUGAAAAAUGCAUUACUGCAGCUAAAAGAUACGUCUGAGAUAUUGCAAGAAAAGGAGAAUGUACAUGCAUGUACUUUUAUCAAGAAAGAUAAAAUAUCUAAAUUAUCAGUGAUACUGGAGCCAGUUGAAGAUGACUGGUAUUAUAUUGGACAGUGUCUUGAAGUGAAGGAAUCAGUGUUAACUGAAAUCAAAGAGAUGACACCAGUUGAUUCAAGAUUAACUUAUGUAUUGGAGAGCUGGUGUCAUGAGGAAAAGAGGACAAUAGAAGAACUGGAGGAACCAUUGAGAGAAAUGGGUAGAGAUGAUAUAUUGCAAGCUUUGCGUGAAUUCGCUAAUGCGGAAUUGACAGUGAAUAAUUCUGAAACUCAUACUGAUGCAAAAGGUUCAAAUGAAAUUGAGACUCGAACUGAAACUGAAGACAAAGAAAUACAAGCAACACAAUCAACUCUUGACAAGGAAAUGCAGUUUAAUUAUCUCGUACCAUCACAAGAUAAUUUGGAAGGUCUGAGUGAGUCCCAAAUAGCAGGGAAGAAGUUGUUCUUAGUUCAAGGAGGCAAACCUCAACUGAUGAACUGGGAGGAGUAUGGACUGAGGAUUAGUGUACCAGAAGAUAGUCUAUCAGCAUCAGAGACUGUAGAAGUAUCAGUACUAGCUCUUGUAGGAGGACACUUCAAGUUUCCUGAUAAUACUAGACUAGUCAGUGCAGUGUAUGCAAUAUCAACCAGUCCACUCCUCAAGUCACUGAGGAUAGAAAUGCAACACUGUAUUGAUCUCAGUGAUCCUUCUUUAUGCAAGUAUCUUAAAUUUGCUGUUGCUCCAGUUCACACAGCUAGUCUUCCUUACCAGUUUUCUAUAAUUGAAGGAGGGGAGUUUCCACCAUACAAGAGAUAUGGAUAUAUUGAACGAAGCAAGUUUUGCCAGCUCGCUAUUGUUGGAAAUGAAGGAGAGAAUAAUGAGGAGGGUAAUGAACAGGAAGAUGGAGACUCUGAUGAAUCAGGGGAUGAGGGAGGGAAAGAGAAGAAACAAGCUACAAGAAGAGAAGGAGAAGGAGCAGGAAAACAAGAAGAAGAACCAGGUGGAGUAGGAAGGAGUGAAAGACAGGAGGAAGGGAAUAGUUUAAAAGAGCCAUUGGCUUGUACUGAAGAAUCAGAAUUAAGCUCACAGUCUAAAACAAUUGUAUUUACUUGUUCGACAUCAUCUACUCCUGGUUCCACUGGUGUACCUGAAGCUACUGUAUAUGCUGGACAAGUGUUUUUCGAACAAGAAGAGAGCAGAGAUUUGAUGACAUUUACAGCUGCUAGAGAUUUGAAUUCCUUGCGUCAGUUUAUUAAAAAGGAGUAUUCUCAUCCAGAAAUCGAUCAAAGCAUUACCUUUAAACUCAAAUCACCAAAAAGACAUAUUAAAUUAAAAUUUGAUGAGCAGCAGGCUAGACCUACAACUGGAUGGCAAAUUAUACCACAUUUGGUACCUUGUCAAAUCAGAGAACAAGAAAUUCUUGGUUUCGGUGACAUUAGUACUACAAUCCCUCCAUCAUGCUUAGUAUCAAUAUAUGCUGAAAACAGUCCUGAUACUGUACCUAUACUGCGUUAUUCUGUACCAUUGGAAGGUGUACAGGAACCAAUGGAAAUCAAUAUUAACAGAUCGUUAAGAAUUAAAUCAUCAAGUCCCAGUCUUCCUGUAUCAGCAGUUCCAGUAGUUGUUACUGAUGAUACUAAUCUUGGAUGGUGUGCACAAAAUGCACUCAAGAAGCAGCAUGACAAACUUAAAAGUCUUCUUUCAAGAUCUGAGCCUAUUUUUCGUGACAUAGCUGGAGCUUGUAAAGCAGCUACAAUAAUUCAUUUUACGGAAUACGACAAGAUAUUUGAUGACAAGACUGGCCAGUCAUUAUUAGAAAGAGCAGAUCAUUUUAUUAACUGUAUAAUUUCAGUAGUUGAUGUGUGUCCUGAUCAGCUUGAGGUGUUUCUAAAUAUUGUAAUGAACAAGGGAAACAUUGCUUUUGUUAGGGUAGCUGAACUAAUCACUCAGUGUUUUAAUAGCGAAGUUCCUGAGCAUGCUUGCAUAAAAUUGGCCAAGCAAUGAAGCUCCUAAUUUUUGGAAUUCUAUUUUGAUUUCUGUCCUUGUGUGCUCUCAUUUUGUUUGUGACAGUUUUUGGCUAGUCUCACGUAGCUAUGCGAGACUAGCUUUAGACUACAUUUUAUUCAGUAUUAUAAUAAUUGAUUUUUUGUUUUAAUUUUUUGUAACUUUGCAUUAUUUGACAUACAAUAAA